CAAUACGAAAUAUUCGAAAAACGAGAGAGAUCAUAGAUUACUUGAAACUGUGGUAGUAAACUCUUUGGAUGUUUUCGUCAAUGCAGUCAAUUACACUAGAGUCCUAGCUAUCACAUACGCGUUUUCUAUUGGUUGCUGUUGGAAUCUUCUGUUCAGCGACAUACGGCCAUUUUGUGGUGAUUGUAUCACCAGCUGUUGCUAGUGGUUGCUAUUCUAUGAUUAUUACCAGUUUUUAGUUCUCAUAGAUUCUCUCACUUUCUGGGUACAAUUACAUCUGUUUUAGACAUGUUCAGUGUAAUAUUUACAGGAUAUUUAUUUUACAUACACAUAUUUCUUUGAAAUCGAAAUUAAAAUGUCCAAAAUGAGUUCGAAGGAUAAAGAUAAUAAAACAUUACAUGAUAAACUGAAACAAUUCUUUCGCAUAAAUAAAGGUAGUUACAAAAGUCGUGAAGAUUUUAUUUUGACACAUGAUAUCGAAAAAGAAAUCAGUCCUGACAGUCCAGUACAUCAUCGUACAAAAGCAAUUAAAGAACUUUCGGAUGCUGUGCUCAAUCAACAAUGGGAAGAUAAAGCAGCAGAACGUUUAUGGAGUUUAGUUCAAGAUUUAUUAGGAAAAGAUGUUCUUCGUGAACACAGGCAUUUGACAUUAAAUUUUUUAAGAUGCCUUGUACAAGGACAAUAUUUCAAACUCUCAGCAUUAAUGCGUGUAAAAUUUUUUAUGGUGAUAAAGGAAGGAAUACCCGAAGAUAUUGGCCCUAGAUUGGAAUUGUUACAAACAUUAACAGAACAUGGAAAAGACAUUUCACAUUUGGAAGAGAGAAUGGGUCCUUUUUUGUUAGAUUGGAUGCCUUCGGUAACAGCAGGAGAUGGAAAGAGAGGAGCUGAGUUCUUGUCUCUUCUUGUAAAUGUUAUCAAAUUUAACUCGGCUUAUAUUGAUGAGGAUAUUGUAUCUGGUCUUGUUCAAUAUAUUUCCUACUUGUGUUAUUACAGUAAUAAUACUGAAGUUGUUUCUGGAUGUUUGGAAGCUCUUGAUGCAAUUAUGUGUUACAGUAACAUGCAAUCUGAUUCAUUACAAACAUUUAUUAUAGCUUUAUGUAGAAGUGUAAAUGUUGAAACUUAUUGCCAAACAAGUUGGAAGAUUAUGCGGAAUUUAUUAGGCACGCAUAUGGGUCAUUGUGCUUUAUAUACAAUGUGUCGGCUGCUACAAGAUGUAAAUUUUCAACGUGAUGUUCGUCUACUCCGAGGAGCAGUAUUUUAUAUAAAUAUGGGUUUAUGGGGUACACACAGAAUACCAAAAUUAGAAUGUACACAAGCAUCUGUUUUGCCUUCUUUUUAUCAGGCUCUACAAUGUAAUCAUCCAAUUGUUAUGUAUGAAGUUACUUUAUCGAUACAAAGAUUGGUUAACAAGUAUGGUAAUGAAUUGUGGGAUCCUACUUGGAGUGUUAUUUUAGAUAUCAUAGAACAAGUUAUCACUCACAUUGAAAGUAAUAAUCAGCCUGCAACCAAACAAGUUUCUACAAGUUUACAUGAAACAAUUACUAAUAUUGAACAUUUACUCGAUACAAACAAUUAUAAUGGUUGUAUUCAACGCUUUUAUAAUCUUGUUGAACGUUGCAGUAAAUCUCGACCUGAAGGAUCUGUGUUAAAAUUAAUUGAAUACAGAGCUUCUACAAUAGGCCCUACAUAUUAUCAAUGGCAAUUGAAAUUAGUGUCUUUAAUGGAACAUUACUAUAAAAAUGAUGCACGUACAACCAUUAGAAUGAAGGUUCUCGAUGUUCUAACCAAUGUUAUUCAUAUUAAUAGAUCUAGGUACGAGGAUGAACUUAUUGAACGAAUAGUUGUACCGCAUAUGCAACAUAUAGAGAUAGAUCCGGAUAUUACAAUACGUACUGUCACAGCAAAUUUACUAAUAGACCUUUGCUUGGAGUGCGAUACUAAACGAUGUAUAGAACUUUUGGACAUACUAGAAAAGAUGAUCAACAAGCCUUUUACAUCAGACACUCCAAUCUCUAUUGAUGCCGAUAUCAAAGAUGUGAAAACUGCUGUUGUUGGAGUUAUAAAGAUAUUCACUUCUAAGAUUUAUCGUUUACCAUCAAGUCAUGCAAUAUGCGCUUAUAAAAUUUUAGUGAAUCAUCUUGAACAACACUAUAAAGACCCCUCUAUCUUCCAUGAUGUAUCAACGCCACGUAAUUUGAUUUUUGAAUGCUUUUUAAAAAUUAGAGCAAACUCUCUAUAUCAUCUUGGUAUAUUAGAUUCGUCUAAUGCUAUUCGAUUUAGUCCAUACCUUGUUUUGGAACAUGGCGCAACUGAACGUAUGAACAGUGCAAGUGGAGGCAAUAGUCCUCCACCAGCUAGUCCUGUGCCGUUGCAACACUUAUCUUGUCAUAUUACUAUGAUGUCUUUAACUCAUGGAUGUAAAACUAUUAUUUCCUGCAUUAAACAAGAAAAAGAUUGGAAAGUUUUACAUCUUAUAUUAAAGGAAUUACCUCAAGUGAUGCAGAAUAGAGCUCUAGUAUUAUCUCGUCAUAGUAAUGACAUUGAUUUUUUUGCAGCAGCUUUGUGUUCAAUGGUAAGCGACAAAAGUUUGCGCCUCCCCGACUCACUUUACAAUGUUCCGCUUAAAUUUACUCUUUCCGAAUUUCGAGUAUAUGUUUUCCCGGUACUAGCAUCUUUGGCAUCAUAUCAUGCUCAUUUGGAACCUAAUUUGCAACAACGUUUAAUAAAAUGCUUAGAGGUUGGUCUUACAGCAAAAUGUGCAAAUCAAUGUGUGACCAGUCUUACAAUCUGCACAUUAGAAAUGCGUGAUACAAUGAAUAAACUUUUACCUGAAGUAUUAUUGAAUUUAUCAAAAAUUUCUGCAACAGUUUACAUUGCUAUACCUAUUUUAGAAUUUUUAUCAACUCUAACUAGACUUCCAAAAGUUUUUGCCAGCUUCAUCGGAGACCAGUAUAUGUCCGUAUUUGCAAUAUUAUUGCCAUACACUAAUCCUUUCAAAUAUAACCAUUAUACAGUAUCUUUGGCUCAUCACGUAAUUGCAGUAUGGUUUUUGAAGUGCAGACUACCUUUUCGAAGAGAUUUUGUUAAAUUCAUUACUACAGGAUUAAAAGCAAAUGUGAUAGUUCCUUUCGAAGAAGGACAUCUAAUGAAAUCUGAUUUUAGCGUCGUUAAUGAAGAUUCUUCAAAUAGAAAACGUAGCUCCAGUUUGACUGAACAAGGUAGUAGAGGUCGAAGAGAAAGACCAAUAAUAGCCAAUCGAAUGAUAGGAGAAAAUAGAGCCUUCGAUUUGAAACCUCCGAUUGAUGAAGCUUUAAUGAGCUUUCACUAUGAACUUACUGAAACUUGUAUUGAUUUAAUGGCUCGUUACACAUUUUCGAAUUAUUCAGCGCGACCUAAAAGGUUACCAGCCGCAGAUUUCCUUCUCAAGGAAGGUCAAUCGAUGACUUGGAUUCUUGGUAACAGGCUUAUUACUGUAACAACAAGUGGUUGUAGCAACAAAGCUAUGCGUGGUGGGCUUUGUGAUAAUUGCUGGGCGGCAUGUAAGCCUGGCUUCCUGUUACUGGAUCAUACAAAAACUUCUCAUUCAAACUUACAACGUACUUCAAGUAUUGAGACAUCGAAAGAAGACAAGUUAUCCAGGCAGUCUUCCGGUGGGCAUGGAAGUUCCAAUGCAAAUACCGCUACAAAUUCUCCUACAGAAGAAUCGAAAAAGUAUGCAGAAGAUUCUGAUACUGUAAAAAAAGAAUUUCUCACAGAGAAGACUGACAAGGAUCAAAAUGAACCGUCAAAAUUAGGGCAAAUAUUAAAUAGCGACAAGCAAGAUGGACAUGUACUUUGCGCUUGCUGGUGUCAAGGAUGGGCUGAAAUAUAUGUGCGUAGACCUACAGGCGAUAUGUCAUGGAUUAUGAGAAUUCAGAAUUCUACACAAUUUGAAACUUCCAUGGACUUUCCUGUACAUGAUAUUAUGGCUCUAUAUAUGCCAAAUCAAUAUAUAAUAUCAAAUAAACAACAAGAGGUUGCCUCAGAAUAUUCUGAUGACGAAACAGAGGAUGUGCCAAACAAAAGUAGCAAUCAGUCACAAAGUGAACAUGGUGUGAAACCAUUUACUAUAUCAUCAGGUCCCAUCGCUAUACCUGGUUCACCAGCUCGACCUAGUCCAUCCCGACAAAGUUCAAAAGAUAGUUUAGAAAGUUUGGAGGAAGGUGAAGAAGAUGCACGGCGUUCCCGCAACCCAGUACGCAGAUCAAAUUCCAGUCCGGAAAUGAGCGCUAAUUGGAAAAAUCCAUUUUUAAAUAAAGAAAAAUUAAACAUGCAGCAACAAGUUGACAAAGAUUUUAUAUGCUCAGACUUAGAAAUCAAAUUAGAUGCAGAAUUGAAGAAACAUUCAAAAAAUAUUUAUACAAAAGAUAUGAGAGUUAGUUGCGAAGCCAUACCAGAAGAAAUAUUUGGCAUGGGGACAACACCACCUUCCUCGGAGAACGCUGGAGACCAUCCAAUCACAUUACGUUCACAACGCUCCUAUCCGGGAGCGACACAAGUUACUCAAACUAUCUCAGCAACUCUUAGCAAUACUGUUCCACCUUCUCCUACAACUGUGCAAGCACCAGGUAAUUAUUUAGGGAUACAAACACGCCCCGCACAAAUACAAACAUCUAUAACAAAAGCACCGCAAUCACCUACUCAAAUUUACUCUCGAUUGUCCGGGCUUGAUUACAAUCAGAAACAAAUGCCAUUGACUGUGGAAAAUAAACCACCUAUUGGGCGAAACCAUUUUGCGGAUAAGCAAAAAGAUGAAAGGCCUGAUCCGUCUACAUUGCCUCCUUUGCCUCUACCUUUCCGCGACAGAGGCCACACGAUCUCUGUUAUGAGUCCAGUAAAAAAAUCACGAGAGUGGGAUAAUAUGAGACGAGGUAAUUCCCCUCGAAUGAAAGACCCACCGCGAACAGGCAUCAAUCCAAGUUUUGUAUUUCUUCAACUUUACCAUGCAGCGCACUUUGGCACUACUACAGAAAAACCUCUGUUGGUUCCACAAACAACAGCCAUACAACGUGCAGUGACAAAUUUAGAUAGAAUACCGCCAUAUGAAACUCACAAGAUUGGAGUACUUUAUGUCGGCCCGGGACAAUCUUCAAAUGAAGUUGAAAUUUUGGCAAAUCAGCAUGGUUCCCUUCGUUAUACCGAAUUCUUGAAACGUUUAGGCACGUUAAUUCGAUUGAAAGAUGUCGACGAAAAUAUAUUUUUAGGUGGAUUAGAUCGUAAUGGUGAGAACGGAGAUUUUGCCUACAUUUGGCAAGAUGAUGUAACACAGGUAGCUUUCCAUGUUGCGACAUUAAUGCCUACAAAAGCAAGCGACCCAAAAUGUACGUCUAAGAAAACACACAUUGGAAAUAAUUAUGUAACAUUAGUAUACAAUGAAUCUGAUGAACCAUAUAAUAUACAGACGGUUAAGGGUCAAUUUAAUUAUGCCUGUGUUGUAAUACAACCUUUGGAUCAUGGUACUAAUCAAGUUACAGUACAAGCGCGAGAAGAAUUGGCUGAGCAUAUUGGUCACAGUGAUCCUAAGAUAAUUUCUGACCAGAAUCUGGCUAUUCUUUCACGGCAACUUGCUCUGCAUGCUAAUCUAGCCUCAAUGGUUUGCUCAUCUUUGAAGCAAAAUAGUCAUAAUCCAUAUGCUUCCAAUUGGUUGGAGCGUUUACGUCACAUCAAGCGACUGAGAAAUAGAGUAUUGCAAGAAUCUGUUAAUAAUAAUUCAGAUACUACUUCAGACGAAUUAUCACCUAGGUCCAACAAACGAGUUUAUAUGGACGAUUUCACAGAAUAUACCACAUAAUUUUAUUGUGCGCAAAAAAACUGUAUGAGAAUGAUAAUAAACGGAGACAGAUUGGAUCAAACCAGAUUAAUGUAUAAAAAAAUUGAAGCAUAAAUAUAUUUCAUGUGCAAUUUUA